GACGAAGACAGAUGAAGGCGAUUAUAGCUGUCAAAAAAUAAAAUGUGAGGUUAAGUAUCUAUUUUGGUUUAUUUAUAUUCAGAUCAUUUUCAUGUUUCUAAAGUAUUGCUGGAGCGACUAAAUGUAUUUUAAACUACCAUGGACUUUUCUUGGGCUGAACCAUACCCAGAGAUCCACAAGAUAUGUAAUCUUUUCCAACUUAGUGAAGUAUCAAACCCAGUGAAAUUUAGCUACAAAUCUCUAAAAGUACUUCAGCAAAUUGGCCCUCAGUGUGGGUUGGUAGCUUUAGCAAUGUGCCUAGGUAGAUCUGAUAGAGAGACUGUUGACGAAUUGUAUAAAACUGCCAAAGAUAAGGGUUACACUUAUAAUGGGGAAAUGUUUAGUGUUCAAGAUAUGUUCCAAUUAGCAAGUUAUUUUUCACCAAAAAACACCUAUGUCAAAAUAUAUGAAGGAGAUAUGAACUGCAAAGAAGUGCAGGAUUUUUUGUUGAAAGGUGGAAUGGUACUAGUACCAUAUGAUACAAACAAGGACAACUCUCCAGGCUUGUUAAAUGGCCACAAGGCUCACUGGGCUGUGAUUUGUGGAGCAAUAAAAACUACAGAUGACUUUUAUGUGAUAGCAAGACACGGUAAAGCAAAAAACGUGAAUAUAUGGAAGCUCUCACAUAUAGCCAAGAGCAACAAACAACUGUUAGACUUUGCUCCUGAUCAAGUGCAUCAAGAAAUUGAGUACAAAUUGCCAGAAGGAGGGAUUAGUGGGCCUGAUGGGCUGAAUCAAAAGUGUUUGCUGAUUAAUUUAGAAAAACAGAUGACCAGUAGGCCGCAAAGGGAAGAGAAAUGAGGUUUGUGGAAUCUCAAAGGUGCAUUUGUGAAAAAUCCUUAGAAUCCAAAAGGUGAGAAUGAGACACUUAAGAUUGCAUUUUCU